AGUGGUGGACCAACACCACCCCCCUAAACAAUUAAGUAGUAUGUAACUUUGAUUCUCAGUCUUAUCCCAAACAAACAACCAGUCCACUGUCUCAGUCCAUUCUUCUUACUCUUUCUUAGUACCCUUCAUUUGGGGAAUUAGGGGUCUUAUAGAAUCUCCAUAGAUAUCUUUAAUCCUCUCUAUGUAAAGUAAUAAUUAUAGAGAAUGGAUGCACCUAGACGAACAGACGCAGUAUCUACAUCAAUUUCAGAUAAUGGUCCUCCUCCUGCUUCUCCAAGUACAUCACAGGCUGAUUUUCAGACAACGGAAUCCUCUAGUAUGGUUGCCGGUUUGGGCCCAAGCAUGAAACGAGCAGAUCUUUCCCUUCAAAUACCUCCAAAACAUGCAGGUUUUGGAACUGGAAUUGGCAGAAAGUAUUCGCCCCAUUCACCAGGUCCUAGAGGAGGUUUUCUUCGGGCUUUGAGCUUUAAGAAGAAAGUUGCUUCAUCUGACGGUGAGAGAAGCUCUCUCCUCAGUUCAGAUCAUAAGGUAGUUCCAGGAAGCCCACUUUCAGCGCACUUCUCCUCCUACAAUUGGCAAAAAUGUACCUCUUUACCUGUGACCCCUGCUUCAAAUUCAUCUCCAUCAGUUUCCACGCCUAUUUCGGCUAGGACACAUGGUGAACAACAAAAGUCACAUUCAUCGCGGAUUGGGGCAUCCAAAGCUAGCAUGUCAAGGUCUCUUUCUGUGCCUGGGAGAAAUUUUGUCAUUGUUAGAUCAAUGUCCUUUGCUACCCAUGAAGAGCAUGUUCCAGAUACUGGAGAUGAAAUUACUCCUGCUCCUGAGAAUGAGGAUAGGGAAAUCCCUGAAGAGGAAGCAGUUUGUAGGAUCUGUCUGGAUGCAUGUGAUGAAGGCAAUACGUUCCAAAUGGAGUGCAGCUGCAAAGGUGACCUAAGACUUGUUCAUGAGGACUGUGCGAUCAAGUGGUUUAGCAUGAAAGGGAACAAAACUUGUGAUGUUUGUCGACAGGAAGUUUCUAAUUUACCUGUGACUUUGCUUCGGGUCCCAAGUACUAGUCAACGAGAUAACAGACAGGACAACAACUCUAGAAGAAUAAGUGCUUGGCAGGACUUUGUGGUGCUUGUUUUGAUCAGCACAAUAUGCUAUUUCUUCUUCCUUGAGCAGUUACUGGUAACUGAGGGGGCAGAAGAGGCAAACUUCCUAUCUCUUAACCUGUACGGAUGACACCAGAGUUCGAGAAUUGUAAGAAGUUUGAGUAAGAGGAGAGGCAGUCAAGAACCUUCUUAGAUGAUUGCAUAUUAUGCAGACACAUUCUCAAAAAUGGAGAUGAUUGAAUAAGUGGAGAUAGCAUAGUAGUAAGAUUCUCUAGCUCCAACCAUGAGGUCUGGUUUUCGAGUUAGUGAGGGAGCAAAGUGGGUAAAACCAUUGCUUGGUUCCUAUUGGAUUGAGGUUUACCGUAUCCAAGAAAAAGAGAGAGGAUUGUGAAGCACAGUUGGCUGACAUGGUGCCUCUUAAUAAAGCAUGGCCCAUAAUAUUUUUAUUUUAUUUCUUUAUUUAUUUAUAAUAAGCUCCCACUGAGCCUGGUUGGGAUGGAUGAAUGAUGGAAACUUGUAUUUCUAUUCAAGGUCCCUUUAGAACAUAAGGCAGCCCAGGUCUCUGUCUGCAUCUUGUUAUUCCACUGUGCUAUUUCAUUCUGUCACGCCUCAAGAGCUAUGAUGCUAGGUCCUCUGUCCUAAGAAAUAAUUGAGCUCGGAUUUUUGAAUAGCUCGAAAAUGAAAAAUUACAGCAGAAUAUAUUCUAGACGAGUAAAGCAAAGUGCAACUAUGUGGCAUUUCUUUCGUUUUCCCCAACUUGGUUCCAUAAUGUUGGAAAAGCUUAAGAUGUCCAACAGUUCCUCUAUCUCAGUGUUGUCUAUUCUUCCCUUGUGAUGCAUUCCAAAGCAAUAAUUUUUCUCCAAUAUAUCGUCUCUGCAUAAUUGUUUUGUUGCCUCAGAAAUUAGACCAUUAUCUUGGUCCUUUUAUGUAACAUUUCAUUACAGUUUAAACUACUAAACAUAAUAAAAUUGAGCAUAAUUUUCCAUUGUACUCUUUCAUUUGGUUAGUUGUCUAAUAAACACCUUGCUUAGAAAGCAAAAAAAGGUCAUAAAGUUUUAUAAAACAAUAAUUUGAAGAAUUGAUUACUUUUCCUUUCUCAAUUAAAAACAUUAGUGCGUGUGCGCACCUGCUGUCAGCUGCACUUUGAUGUCAGCAUUGGAAUGGAAUGCACAUCCAUCAGCUUUUAUAUCUUUUGCCAACUCUUAAGUAGAAAGGUGGAGUUUGAUGACGCCAACUACGUGGAAUAUUAUCCAUCAACUUUUAUAUCUUUUGCCAACUCUCAAGUAGAAAGGUGGAAUUUGAUGAAGCCAACUACGUGGAAUAUUAUCCAUCAACUUUUAUAUCUUUUUCCAAGUCUUAAGUAGAAAGGUGGAAUUUGAUGACACCAACUACGUGGAAUCUUAUCUUUUUAUUUUAUUAUUUGUGGAAUUCGGAAACAACCUCUCUACCUUCACAAAGGUAGGUGUACGAUACUACCUGUGGGAUUUCACUGGUUAUGUUAUUAUUGUUGUUGUUGGAAUUCAUAUUUAAAGUCAGUCUCUUGAAGGUUCAUGACAUGAAAACUCAGGCGCUUGUGAUUGCUGCACCACUUGCGUUCACACUAGGUCUUUUGGCAUCUAUUUUUG